AUGAAAACUGUUGUAAUCGAUUUCGUAGAUAAAUGUUGGCACUUCUCGUUCACAAAAAAAAGUGAAAACAUUAUAUUCCCUCGAAAUAAACAUUUUGGAAAUACCCCAUUACGUUUACACACGCAAUUGCACGCGAUACCGAGUUUUAUGCUAUCGGAGUCCUGCAUAAACAACGUGAAACUCACCUUGAACUGUACCAAAGACUACGAGAAGAGCCCGCACAGGAACCACAAGCACCAUAGAGUAGACAGCUCAAUAUACACCAAACAAACCAAGGACAAACGCAAAUCUAACGAGAAGUACUACCGAGCCAGCUUAGAGAACGUGUCUACAGACGUUUGGAAAGACGGAUUUGACGAACAAUCUAGUCUAAGACGAACGCGCAGCUUGGCCAUAUCCAGGGAAAACUUAUUCUACAGCUUGGACUACGUUUCCACUGAAGUUCAAGGUCAAGGUAGAAGAAGGAGAAGGUCUCAACUGAUACCUAGAGCACGGCUUAUCGACAAAAACAAAGAUUACAGAGAACCUCUAUUCCCCACCAAGACGUAG